AAUUUUCACAACAACAACAACUUCAUCUUCAGCAACGACAACUACAACAACAGAUACAGCAUCAACAACAGCAACUCUUACAGCAACAACAGCUACUACAGCAGCAGCAACAAGGAGAUUGGGCAAACUUCACGACAACAACCACAGCCACAACAUCGACGACUGCUAGCGACGCCUACGACAAUAUUUCUGUAUGUUCUGACAAUACGACCACAUCAGAAGACCUCUGGUGUAUGACUGACGAGCAGAGAAACUACUACACUAAUCAGUUUAAAACAAUGCAGCCAGACCUAAGAGGAGUUAUAUCUGGAAGCAUAGCUAAGGAAUUUUUUGAAAAAUCAAAACUACCCUUCAGGGAACUCUCAAAAAUAUGGCGAUUAUCAGACGUUAACAGAGAUGGUGUUCUGACCCUGUCCGAGUUUUGUACGGCCAUGCAUCUCGUAGUCUUAAGGAGGAAUGAUAUUGAACUGCCCGAACAACUACCACUCUCGCUUUUUCCCUAUCUCACCGAUGAUCCAAUGGCAGUUAGUGGCACCAAAUCAUCUUCCUCUCCUACUAGUCAGCAGUGGAAUGCAUCGCCAGCAACAACAACAACAACAACUCAUCCUGGUGACAUCAACAGCGCUCCGUCGACAACUAAUUCAGCAGCAGCAGCAGCAGUAGUAGCAACAACAUCGGCUGCGGUAGUAACUGUAGCUGCUAUGGGUGGUGAUGUUAAUGCCGUUGAUUCCCCUACUUCCAGUUCCGUGUCGUCGCCUGGUAUCAAGUCCACCCCUGUCAAUUUUGAAUUCAGGCCAGUCACAUCUGACAAUAAUGGUGUUAAGAUUCUGCAUCCAGUAGCAGUCAGAAUGUCGCCAGAUGAUGCCCCAUUC